GUGUGAACCGUGUCACAGAAAUCGGCUCAGCCUAAAAGCCGUAGUUUGCAAGACACCCAAACUCGACUGUCCUUCUCCCUCCUAAACCGUUCGAUCCAGCUUCCACUAAUCGAGACCGUCGAAAUAUAAUACGAAAUGUAAAAAAGAUUUAUGACGUAAGCGAUCUUCUCCAAAGCGCAUCAUCCAAUCAGAGUAAAGCACGCAGAUCGUGUGCUUCCCUAACCAAUCCAAGACUGUCCGAUCCAACUCCACACGGAUCGAACCGUUCCCCAGUCCAAUAAAUACGCUCCUUAUUCAAACCUCAAAUUGUAUCCCGCUUUUUGCCUCUCGUUCAAAUCCUUCAGAUCCUUUGCCAUGGCUCGUACCAAGCAAACAGCCCGCAAAUCAACCGGCGGCAAAGCUCCCCGGAAGCAGCUCGCCACCAAGGCGGCCAGGAAAUCGGCGCCGACCACAGGCGGCGUGAAGAAGCCCCACCGGUACCGUCCCGGCACAGUGGCGCUUCGCGAGAUCCGCAAGUACCAGAAGAGCACGGACCUGCUUAUCCGGAAGCUGCCGUUCCAGCGGCUGGUGCGGGAGAUCGCGCAGGACUUCAAGACCGAUCUCCGGUUCCAGAGUCACGCCGUGCUGGCGCUUCAGGAGGCCGCGGAGGCCUACCUAGUAGGACUCUUCGAAGACACCAAUCUUUGUGCGAUCCACGCCAAGAGAGUCACCAUCAUGCCCAAGGAUAUCCAGUUAGCUCGCCGGAUCCGCGGCGAACGCGCCUGAUUUCGAUGCUGCAAUCCUUUUUGUUGAUGAUCCUGAUUGAUUACUUGCGGGAUCAAAAUAAUGCUUCUUUCGAAACUCAAGCAAUUGCGAUAUUCCUUAUUUGUAAAUGCGUAUACUGAGUUUUGCAAUUAUCAGUCUAAUUAAAUCCUUAACUAA